UUAGUCUCAGUAACUAGUUCUUGACCCCAACCAUUAAGGUUAUCAGCGAGAGACAUUCUCCUGUCAGAAACGGGCGUAUUUUGGCGAGCGUGCAGUUAAUUUGCCACCAUGCGGACUGCAGUGGAAUCUUUUUUCUUUCUCUUCUGCCGUCUCCUACUUCUGAUUUUCGCACCAACUUUUGCCUCUGUGGAGAGGCGGAGCCUCGCCUGCUACGUCCCGUAUGGCUGUUUCUAUUCCGAUGGACACAUCAAAACCCCACAGAGCCCAUCACUCAUCAAUACUCGGUUCCGGUUGUUCCAAAGAAUUCAAGUGUCCCAGGUCGCCGAAACCGGAGGAACCCCUCUAGCCUCGGAUCUAGACGCUUUUACAGGAUUCGUGAAUGCCACGAAGAAAACCAAGGUCAUCGUCCACGGGUUUCUUGACAACGGUCACGAUAACUGGGUCACGUAUGCCAAGGACGAACUGUUGGUCAAGGGUGAUUUCAACAUUAUCAUUGUUGACUGGGGCACAGGGGCCCAAUGGCCCUACGAACAGGCAGCGGGCAAUGUUUUUCUCGUUGGGGCGGAAUUGUCCCACUUGCUGAAACAUUUGCAUGACCACGGCGGUGUGAAUUAUGCAGAUGUCCACAUCAUAGGGCAUAGCCUUGGCGCCCAUAUUGCUGGGUUAGCUGGACACCCGCUUACUAGCAUCGGGCGAAUUACAGGACUGGACCCCGCAGACCCCCUGUUUACGGGAAAACCAAUAAACAGGCGCCUGAACCGUGAUGACGCUACGUUUGUUGACGUAAUCCACACAGAUGCAACGGAAUUUGCUGUAACGAAAGGUUAUGGCACAAGAGAGAUGGUUGGUGACGUUGAUUUCUUCCCCAAUGGCGGCGAACAUCAACCAGGUUGUCCAGAUAGACCCGUGGAGAGUGUGUUGGGCAAUCUGCUUCAAGGGGCAUUUGGAUCUGUGUCCACAUCACUAUCUUGCAGUCACAGCAGAGCCCAUGAUUAUUUUAUCGAGUCUAUCAACUCUCCCUGCAAAUUCUUUGCCCAUCAGUGUUCGUCAAAGUCCGACUUUGACAAUGGGAAAUGCCUGAGUUGUCCCGCCGGGGGCUGUGGCGUGAUGGGGUAUGACGCAGACGCCACCACUGCCCGCGGCGCCCUCUACCUGAGCACUUCCUAUCACUCCCCGUAUUGUGGACAUGAGGUGUCCAUGGAGGUGGUGAUUUCUCACUCUAUGCAUGGAUACAGCUAUGGAGAAUUUUUUGUGACCUUGGUCGGGACGAAAGGUCAAUCCGAAGAAUUGAAGUUUUCACACAAAGCGGAAUUUUAUACUACGGAUACUACUGAGAAACAUGUCCUCGUGACCCACACAGAUGUAGGUGACCUCACGGGGGUCAAGGUCAGAUUUGUCAGAGGAGAUGGACUGUUAGUAGCCAUUGCUUCUCAACAUGAAGUGAAAGUUAAAUAUGUCACCUUUGAGUUCACAGAAAGACAGAGCGGGAAAAUCAAGUUUUGUGGACAUGAUGCCCAUAUUCAAGUAAACCAUGUAGCUGUUCUUCAUUCAACCUCGGGAUGCUGAGAGCUGCACAGCUAUUGGUUGCCCAAUAUAUUCACAAAAUGAGCAGUCUUUUAUUAUUUUCUGAAUGCUCUCAUCAAGCGCAUUAAGUCCAUUAAAGCACAUGUGUAUGUG